CUCCGUCAUUGAGUUCAUAUUGACCGAGAAGAAAGGCGAGAAAUGCAACGUGGGCCUGAUCACCCUCAACCGCCCGAAAGCGUUGAAUGCCCUUUGCGACAAACUCGUGUCGGAACUGAGUCAAGCAGUCGAACAUUUCGAUAACGAUGACUCCGUUGGAGCUCUCGUCAUCACAGGAAGUGAAAAGGCGUUUGCUGCAG